AUGCCUACGCCUAUCAGCCUCAUUACAUACGCAGUUGCAGGCCCAGAAAAGACCGUGCAGACAAGAAGAAUGUGCCAGGACGGCAUUGAGUACUUCUAUGCAGAAGGGGAGUAUGUCAUAAUCGAAGGCAACAGAGCCGGCUGCACAUGCAAGGAGUAUGCUAUUUGCAAGCACAUUCUGUCUGUCGCGAAGAACGAGUAUCCUGCAGAGCAAAAUAUUCUCAAGAGUAUUCUGGAAGGGUUCUUCACACAUGCGCAGUGA